AUGGCUCGUGGUCCCAAGAAGCAUCUGAAGCAUGUAGCAUCUCCAAAGCACUGGAUUAUGGAUAAGUUAACAGGAAUUUUUGCUCCAAGACCAUCCACAGGUUCCCACAAACUGAGAGAAUGUCUCCUACUCAUCAUCUUCCUGAGAAACAGAUUCAAGUAUGCCCUGACUGCAGAUGAAGUAAAGAUCUGCAUGCAGCGAUUCAUCAAGAUUGAUGGCGAGGUCCGCACUGAUAUUACAUACCCUGCUGGCUUUAUGGAUGUCAUUAGCAUUGAGAAGAUGGAUGAACAUUUCUGGCUGGAUGUCAUUAGCAUUGAGAAGAUGGGUGAACAUUUCUGGCUGGCUUAUGACACAAAGGGACGCUUUGCUGUUCAUUGUUUUAAUGACUAUUUCCUCCUAUAA